AUGUCUCAACCCUCAACAAAAGAACUCUAUGAGGCUGCCACGAAGGGUGAUUUGUCGGCCGUUAAAAAAAUUGUAGAAGGAGGGAAGGCCGAUCUGAAUGCUUUUAUGCAUGUUGGAAUAUUUGAUAGUGAGUGGGUAUGCAUCCUUUUAGUUUUGAUUUUUUCGAGCAAAGUUGGAGUUAGGGGAUUGGGUAAGUUAACCUUCCUUGUUCGAGCUCUUUCCAACACUUCGUUCACCAAGAACCCCCUUCAUGGCGCAGCCUCAAAAGACAAUGUUGAAAUACUGGAGGUGCUUGUGAAAGCAGGAUUAAACGUCAAUAGCAAGGCUUACUUUGGAGAUACACCGCUUCACAUUGCUUGCUAUUUUGGAAGGGUUGCGUCUGUAGAGGAGCUUUUACGAUUGGGUGCAGAUAGGUCCAUUAAAAACAACGCAGGAAAAACACCGUAUGAGAUCGCAGAAACAAGAGGCCAAAGUAUGGUGAGCAGAUUGGUCAAAAUUUAA